AGUGAAAAUUUUGCGCAAAAAACGCGUUUCUUGCGUUUUUUUAAUGAGCGUUACUGGCUCACAAUCGCGGUUCCCUUUUGAGCGUUUAAACGCGUUUUUCCAAAUGUUUGUCUGCUUGGGUAAUGGAGUUACUGAUAAUUCUAAUUCCGGAUCUUUUAAAUUCUUCAGCGAAUAUCUAUUAUUUUUGAUGCACUUCUCAUUUGCUUUCAGAUCUCACAUUGGUGAACGACCUUAUAUUUGUAAUUGGCAUUUAUGCGGUAAAAGUUUUACGAGAAGUGAUGAAUUACUCCGACACGAACGAACGCAUGCUGGUGAAAAAAAGUUUGCCUGUACUCAGUGUCACAAACGGUUUUUACGAAGUGAUCAUCUACGAAAACAUUCAAAAAUCCAUGGCAGUGAUAUAUCUGAUUUAUCAACAACCACACGAAAUCAAAAUAUAUUAUUAAACACUAGUCUCUUACCAUUACCGAUAAAAGUUGAAAAAUUUGAUCCAAUAUUAGACUUUACGCAAGAUACGAUAACAAAAAUGAUGACUCAGCAAGCAUCAGUUGAUUAUUGUCAAAAUAAUAUCAUAAAUGAAAAUAUUUUACGUUCAAAUUUUAGUCAAACCGAUUAUCAUCUACAAUCAGAUGACAACAAUAGACAGCAGUAUAUUCUUUCAAAACAUUGA